UCUGUUGCAUAAAGAUAUUAAAAAUGUCAGCAGCCAACGUCGAGGCAUAAACAAUAAAAAAUUCCCCGCAUAAAACAAAAAGAUUGGCACGAGCCAAAAGUGGGCGGAGCCAGCCGUUUUUGUUGUUUAAAUGUAAUUUUGAGUUAUUUUCCAAGUUUAUUUAUUUAAAGUUUAUAGCCUUUUUAAGUUGUUUUUAAUAAAAUAAAAAAUAUUUUGUAGACUUGAAAUGGUGUGGAUAUUUAUUUUUUAAUAGAAAAUUUUUAAGAGACAAAUGCAGUACAAAAACCGGGAUUAAAUCAAAUUUAUGAACGUUCUGAUGCAAUUCUAUUUAGGCUGAAAAUAAAAAUAAAUUUUAAAUAAAAAAAUUUUAUAUAAUGGCUUGAAAGGGUUCCGCAGUCUGGCGAAAUUCCCCUUUAAUGGUUUAAUAUCAAAAAAGGGUUGUUCGCUGGGUUAACCAAACCGAACCCGAAAACUGGUGUUUUUGUCCAAUAACCCGAAACCAAAAACCGGGGUACUGGGGAAUAACCGGUAGUGAACAAUCCUAGUUUAUAGCUAUCAAAAAAUAGAAAAGUCGAAAACAAAUUUACGAAAUAAUUUUUAAAAAUAGUAAAAGCAUCCUCCUCCCUUCGUUACUAAAAGUGCAGGAGAUAUUAAUAAAGUAACAUUUUUUAAUUUUUCCAUUUUCUGACAGACAAUUUUUAGCUUUAAAGAUAAAAUUAAUGGAAAGAAAAUAGCUGCACUAAUAAAUAAAUAAAAAUCUAAAAAUGUUUCUUUACUCUAUUUUUGGGGUGGGAUUAAAAAAAGUGUUCGUUUUAUUGGCGAUAAUUACAAAAAAAUUACUGGAAGGCAAUAAUGAUGAUGAAGAUUGAAAGGCGUGGAAAGCGCGAACGCGGGGUUUUUUAAGGGGAAGAUCAUUUAAUAGGGAGGGGGGGGGGUACUAUAAGACAAGUUUUGUUGUUAAAAAUAAAUUUUAUUUGACGUUCUUUUUUUGGAAUAAAUUUUUGAUUUAAAAUGAUAAAUAAUUUUUAGGGUUUCCAAACAUCAGAAAUACGUGUUUUUUGUAUUUUUUUUUGUAUUUUUGUGAAAAUGGGCACGCGCGCAAUUUUUGGGUGUGCAAAGAAAUGAGAGCGAUUUAACUAAAUUUUUUUGAAGAAAAAUGGUCAAAAAUGAACGGGAAGAAAAAUAAAGAGAGAGAUUGAUGAGGUGAAGAAUGAAGAGAAGAUGAAGAAAAAAAUUUAUAAAAUGAGAACAAAAAUGUAUUUUUUAAAAGAACGGAGAAUGAAAAGGUGGGAAAAUGAAAGAAACACCUGUGGGGUAAAGAGGGGGUUUUUGGGCGUUGUGACGAUGGGCGAAAGCUUAUAAAAAAGUCAAAUGAAGAGAUAAAAUUCUGAAAUUUUGUAGUAAUGUAGUUAAAAGUGUUAGCUAAAAAUUUUGAAAUUUUCAGAAUUUUAGGUUCAGAAUUUCAAAAGUUAUGAUAAAAAACAGAAAAAUAGUCGUUUUUACGGGAAAACUCCGACAUUUUCGACCAUAAUUUCGUAAAUAAAUAACUAGAAAUUCUGAAAUUUUGGCCGACGUUAGAAGACACUAUUAUAGAUAUUUGUGGGAAAUUUCAGAAAAAAGGGUGAUCAUUUGACAAAAUUAUAAGUGAUCGUCUAGCACCACUCCGCGCCCAAACAUGACAGUUAAAAUAGGGGUUAUUUUGUGUGUUAAAGUUGAAAAAAUAAAUUGAAGACGGACACAAUUGUUUGGGAAUGGAUCGUUUCUGCAAAAGUUGAGAAGCAGCCGAACGGUGAGCGCCAGCCACCGACACCGGCCUUGCGCUUUAUGUGGGGGAGAAAAAAAAUUUUUUUGAAGGACGCGUGGAAGGCAACAAUGUAUUUUUGUUGUUUUUUGUGUUGUUUUGUGUUACUCGCGCCCCAAAUAAAUAUAGAAAAAAAGGGAAUGAAGUUGAGCCGUCACUUUUUAAAGUGUUGCCAUUUAUAAAAAAUUUUAAUGAAGAAAAAUUGUUCAGAAUACUGCAGAAUUAUUUUUAAAAUAUUUUCUAAAUCCGUAAGGAAUGUAUGAAAAAUAUCGUAAAAGGAACUCUUAAAAGUAUGUAAGUGAGAUAAAAUUUUAGAAAGCCUGAACAAAAAGGGAUAUAUCAGAGUUGAGAGGUGAAUAAAUAAUGAAUGAGGAUAAUACAAGAAUAAUAAUAAUCAGUACCGACUCAGGUAGCUAUGUAGCUCCGGCAACGGCUACGCCGUUGCCGGAUCGUUGGCGAUAUCAUGGUUUUCGGAGGAU